AUCAGAUAAUAAUUGCCAGAGAAGGCCAUAAAGCAAUCCCAACAGAAUACUCAACACCUUUCUUCACAGAGGAGGGAGGGAAAUGAAAAGAAAAGAAAAGAAAGAAGAUAGAGACAGAGACCCAUGAAAGAUAUACAAAUUCAAAGCAAGCAAGUGUCCUAGCAGAGGGUCGGGGAAGAGAGAGAGAGAGAGAGAGAUUUGUCUUUGAGAAAAGGAGACUGGGCUCUCUUGUGUUGGCUACUUGGAUACAUGGUUUGACUGGAAACCCAAAGCUUCCAUCCUUUUCUUGUUCUGCAUACGAUUUUCUCAGCCAAGAAUUCCAGGGACAGAGACAGCAAAUUCCACUUCAGAUUAUUGAUCUUUCUGGAGAAGCUUGAGAAUGGUUUGAAGUCUAGAAGUUUGCUGCAUGGCUGGUUUAUCAGGCUCAGGACCUUCAAACCAUCAUCUCCCAUUUGCAGUUUUCCAUGGGAUCAAUAAUCCCCCUCCUAUAAGCUUCAUUAAUCAAGAAGGAUCCGGUCUUGAUUUCGGAGAGCUGGAGCAAGCUAUUGUUCUGCAAGGAAUCAAGAUCAACAGUAAUAACAAUGAAACUAAAUCACCAGCUUUAUUUACAGCCAGCACCAGGUCUACAGCAGCUACUCUGGACAUGUUCCCCUCCUGGCCUAUCAGAUUCCAUCAUCCCCCAAGAGGAAGCUCAAAAUCAGGAGGGGAGAGUACAGACUCAGGUUCAGCAGUGAAUAACAACACUUUAUCAACUAAGCCUGAGGUUCAUGUAGAGCCAGAAUCUCCCAUGAGUAGUAGAAAGGCAUCUUCUUCUUCAGAUCAUCAUCACCAUCAUCAUCACCAUCACCAAGCUCAUCAACAGCUUGAGAUGGCAAGUGAUCAUGGAAGAUUAUCAAAUACUCAACCAGCUGCAGGUCCUGCCAUACAGGCCCUAGAAAAGAGGAAAGGACCUGGUUCAUCUUCAACAAAAGUACUUGAUGCUAAGACAUUGAGACGGUUGGCUCAGAACAGAGAAGCAGCCAGGAAAAGCAGACUAAGAAAGAAGGCCUAUGUGCAGCAGCUAGAGUCAAGUAGGAUAAAGCUGGCUCAGUUGGAGCAGGACCUUCAGCGAGCUAGAGCUCAGCAGGGAUUGUUGAUAGGUGGUGGUGGAGCUGGUGGAAAUAUCAGUUCUGGAGCUGCAAUAUUUGACAUGGAAUAUUCAAGAUGGUUGGAGGAUGAUCACAGGCACAUUUCGGAGCUCCGGACGGGGCUGCAAGCUCAUUUACCGGACGGCGAUCUGAGGAGAGUUGUAGAUGGAUACAUUGCUCAUUACGAUGAAAUUUUCCAGCUGAAAGGAGCCGCCGCCAGGUCCGAUGUCUUCCACCUCAUCACCGGAAUGUGGACUACUCCCGCGGAACGUUGCUUCCUCUGGAUGGGUGGUUUUAAGCCCUCCGAGCUCAUCAAGAUGUUAAUCAAUCAGUUAGACCCAUUAACAGAGCAACAAAUUAUGGGCAUUUGCAGCCUCCAACACUCUUCACAACAGGCUGAAGAAGCCCUUUCCCAGGGACUAGAUCAGCUGCAACAGUCACUGAUUGACACCAUUGCAAGUGUUUCCAUCGACGAUGGCAUGCAUCAUAUGGCUAUUGCUCUCGGCAAGAUUGCCAAUCUUGAGGGUUUCGUUCGACAGGCUGAUAAUUUAAGACAACAGACUCUUCAUCAACUGUGUCGGACACUGACGGUUCGACAAGCAGCGCGAUGUUUCUUGGUGAUUGGCGAGUACUAUGGUCGACUACGAGCCCUAAGUUCCCUUUGGACAUCUCGCCCUCGCGAGACCAUGAUAGUUGAUGACCACCCGUCUUCCCAAGCAGCCAUGGAAUUACAAAUGAUGCAAUCAGCAGCUCAGAACCACUUCUCCAGCUUUUGAUCAAGAUCACAUUAUAUAUAUAUAUAUAUAUAUAAGCCAAAGAAGCCGUGAUGACGAUGAAUUCUCCUAGCUUUUGGCAGACUUGGCGUUGGAUUUCUUUAAUUAAGCUAUUUUAAUUAGGUGGGAUAUAUAAUAUAGGGCCUUCUUUUUAUAUUUAACUUGUUUUAUUUUUCAAUAUCUUCAUAUUUUAUGUAACCUUGUAAAUUGAAUAUCAGAUCAGGAAGCUUGAGUAAACAAAGAGAUCAAACAAUAUUGAAAAGUUGUCGUGUAUGUGUGUGUGUGUGUGUGUGUGUAUUUAUUUAUAGAUAGAU